AUUUCGACAAGAGAAUUGAUUAAUUGCAAGAAGGAUAUAACCGAAGUGCAAUCAGCAUGUCAUAAAUUUCCUCUCUCCUAUUGCUUAAGUACGGACAUCAUGUACUUCGUAGGAAGUUUGCCGAUUAUGGUCGGUGUUAUUGAGUUAAUCAGUGGCUGCAUUCAGUUUAAAUUUUCACGUGAGGUGUCUUUCUUUGACAAUUCUCAAGUGAUUGGCACAUAUCCAGGAUCUUCCGAACAAGGACUUUUCGGCGUGUGUGGUCCAAGAUGUGACAAUGACAUUCGAUGUAACGCUAUUGACAUCUGUUAUGAAAAAUUUCAGUGCAAAUUAAUUAAUGGUUGGACACCCCCUGCGCCGGGCAACGUCUCCGAAGGAGUGUGUAGACAAUUCCAAAUGCAAGCAUGCCCAGAUGGAUACUUUUUUGACAGAAAAAAUCUUACUUGCAUCAAUUACUAUUAUAUUUGCAACUUUGAGAGUGACCCAGAGUUGACAUGUUUUCUUUCUGAAAGUCUGUCUGACGAAUUUAACUGGACCACCCAUAAGGGCUCGACUUCAUCCACUAACACGGGUCCUUCCUCAGCUUACCAUGGAUUGCAUUAUAAAUACAUUGAAACAUCCGCAAUUCAACUUGGACAAAGAGCAGUACUGGAGAGCUCAAAGACAUUUCAAGCAAAAACCUACUGCCUGACGAUGUACUACCACAUGUAUGGGGCCACCAUAAACACUCUCACCAUCAGAACUCAGAAAGGAAACAGCGCCGCCAUAAACCGCUGGAAAAUGUCUGGUAACCAAGGUAACGUCUGGCACUAUCUCUCUGGAGUCAACCUUCCUUUGGACUCACAAACAAAAAUCAUCAUUGAGGCUACCAAAGGUUCCAGCCACACUGGAGAUACUGCGAUCGAUUACGUUGAGCUCCGGCCAUUUGCAUGUCCGUAGCAAAAUGCAAAAGUCAAUACAAAUACUUGCUAGCAUACAUAAUAAAAUGUACUUCUACGUAGAGAUAGAUCUUCAUGAAAUUGUGGCACAUGGUAUCAGCCAAUCACAAUUUACAUCAUAUAUAGUUAACUAACGUUGUACAUGCAUCGUUUAUAUUGUUUUGAAGGUGAAAGAAGCUUUUAGAGGACACAAACCUAGCGAAUCUUGUAUAAUUAUCAUAAUAAAAGUAAACUUGCGAUUAAGGGCAUUAUACAUUUAUAUGGUGGUUUUUUUAAAUUUAUUUAUUUCGCUAUCUAUUCAUUUAAUGCAUGUAUGUUACUGUUAAUAUAUUUUUAUCAUCAAAAACGUGUCAGACUCUUUAUCAAAUUUGAAACUUAGCAAUUCUUUAUUGUUCAAAAGAAAAGACAACGGGAAUUACAGAAUAAAAAAAAUGAACGACAUUGACAAACUAGAAAGCCUAUGCAACGAAGAAUAAAAAUUCCAAUAGAAUAAUGAACGGGGUCAUAUUUCGACGUAAAAUUAUGACAUCCAAUCCGUAGAAAAAUUGCAAAAAAAGACCCAGGAUUAUUUUUCUUUGCAUUAUACAAGAAGAGAAGAAAUGAAUCUGGUAGGAAAAAAUGACCCGGUCUUAAACAAAAAUGUUAAAAGGAACCUAAACUUUAAUUCAACUUCUCUGAUUUUGAAUUUAAAAACACCGAACUUGUUAGGAAUUCGCUGUAUAUAGUUUUUCUUAUCUAUACCAAACACAAUAGCUGAUAUUAAUUAAAAUUGCUUGUCAACAUUCAGGUCUCUUCUCUCGUCGACAUAUGGAGGGGAAAUGACGAUACACUAGCCUAGAAAUCUGCAGAACUGUACGCGUACAAGUUACUUUAUCAUGAAUACUGGUUAACCACAUUUUUAUAUAGCUUUAUUUUGGUCUCGGCACUAUCUUCAUUUAUCGUUUUACACAUGUUACAUGUUUGUUGUAUAUACUGUUGUAAUUUUCCUGUACAUCAAUCGGCAUCGGUCAUCCGUCCCGAUGUCAAUAAUCUGUAUCAUUUGGUCUGUUAGAUCUUUAAUAAAUGUUG